AUUACAUUCAUCCAAAGGACGCCUAUGCGAGUGUCGCAACUCUCAUGUUCAACGGCUCUGAACCAAAUAGCAGCAGAAAGAGGAGGAGUAACGUGUACGAGGUGAAUGUGAAAGAAGCCUCUUUGAUGAAACAAAAGCAGUACUUAGAGUAGAUUAGAAAGCUUUAAACGAAAAUAUAAAUCUCGUCAGACUAGUACCAAUCCGAUACCAAUACCAACGUUGGUAUCAAUACUAUCGAUAUUAGGAUCGAUCUGCCCAUCCCUAAAGAGCACUGAUAGGGGCUGAGUGACUGACUGACACUGCUGAGGAAACUCUACAGUCAGCAAAAUACAAACAGGUUUUAGAUACAGGGACAGAGACAGCAGAACAGCAUGUCCACUGCGGCCAGUUGCAGCCUUUCACCAAAACCUAGGGGUAUGGCAACUGUCCAACUCUGCCAUACGCAAACGCCGCCCCUGCCUGCAGCUGAAGAAGACACGGUGUGGAUCGGGUUCAUGGACAUCGUUCCUGUCAUUGGGACGGUAAAAGAGGCAGUGGAACUGGUGUUGGCACUGUACGAAGGGAAUGAAGCGGUGAUAAAAGAGAAAGAGAGGGCCCUUGAAAACAUUGUACAAGAGUCCUUAAAAAUACAUGUGGAUAGAAAACAUGUGAAAUUGACUCUACCAGCAGCAGAAGCAGCAGCGGAAUUUUCUGGACUUAGAAAUGUGAGAGAGGUCAGAAAGGAAAUGAUUAUUGAACAUGUGGCUAAAGGUUCCAAAAGGGGAACAAAACCUCCAACUGAAGCGGAGCAGAAGCAGAUACAGAAAAAAGUGAAGGAUAUUAAGGAAGGCAUGUUAAAAAAGAUCCAUUUCGUCAAUCCAAACUUCAACCAGGAGCUGAAGGAACAACUGGGAAGGUCAAAAAGAGGCGAACAUGUCUUCAACAAUGGCAUUCUUAAAUUUCAUUCCGGUGUGCUGACUGAGUCUAUACGAGACCGUGGUAUUUAUAGACUACGAGGAUAUGAUCAGAUUCAGCAGCAAUUAAAAGAAUUAGGCAGACACACACUUUCCCCAAACACAGCAACAGAAAUUCAGGAAAACAUGGUGGUUCACUUUGGUGAGGAUGAAUUCUACAUGAAUGCGAAUGCAGUGACGUAUGGUGAAUAUUGCAGAGUACUGAGUGGUGCUUUGUUAGACGUGCUGGGACACACAAACCCAGAUGAGGUGACAGGAGAGGAGAGCGUGAAUAAUGUCAUAGCUCAUAUGAAUAACCUUCAAAUCUAUGUGGACGAAUUUGCAAAGGUCAGUUGGAUUGCCAAUAGAGUGGAUAGAGAGGAACGUUUUGAACGGGUAAGACAGGCAGUUGCGAACAUGUACUACAGAGAUCGUGGGUUUGACUGGUGCAUUAGCAUUGUACGUCAAGUUGCACGUUUGUAUACAUGGGUACAGUGAGUUUAUUUCUCCUGUUGGGGGUUGACAGGUUCAGGGGGGCCUUAACAGGUUAGAGGGUGGGCUACUGUUAUUAAAUUAAUAAAAUCUUUAGCUAGACAACAUGCAAUUUUGCCGUUUAAAUACAGAACAGCUUCUUAAAAAAAAAAAUGUAUCUAGUGCAUUAGCUCACACUUCUCCCAUGGGUGCACUUAGCUAUUGUUAAGUAAUUAAGAUUUUAUGAACAUUUAGAACAAGCUUACAUUAUAUGCUGUGCUUUUUAUAGAAAUUAUGCAAUGUGUAAAGUAGCCUACGACACAAACGUAUUUAUGAACUAAACUAAAAAACAACAAUAGCAAAGGCAAAUGAAGCAGAAUACAGCAAUGAACCUAUAGAACGUACUGUAGUGUACAGGUGCCGUAUUGUUUUGUCUUUAAGAAAAAAAUAGCAUAUCCACAAGCACAAGGUUCAGGUUUUUCACUAGCCUAAAUAUUCCUUCUAUAACCAAAAGCAAACUAAUCAAUGCUAUACUCUUCUGUUCUUUGUAUUGAAAUAGAGUUUGCAGUAAAACACGCUGAUGUCAGCAAAGACCACAACGUGUUCCCAUAAACAGCAGAUUAUUCAAAACGUUGAAUAUAUUCACAAUUGGCCCGCACUCCAUAUAAUCUGUUGUAGUUUUACAAUUCUGUAACUAUAACAAACUCAGAUAAGUUAGCAUCUGCGCUCGGUACAAAAACAACACAACAUCUGAUGUGCCACGGCGGGCAUAACAAUCCGGUUCUCUUCCAGGUCAAUGCGAUUUGUUUUAAGUGAUGAGUUCGCUGCUAUCCAAAAGUCACAUUUUGUUACACAAAAGUACUGGAAAAGUAUGACUAGGUAGCCAACCACAAACUCACAGGCAGAGUCUUGAUAACAGAUUCCAAUCAAACAUUAACUGUUAGGAAGGACACUGGAGUCAAACGCAGGGUAGACAGAUUUAAUGGAUAACUCCCACACUCACAAAUAAUGACAGCAGAAUACAGCUUAUGACAGGGAAUCAAACAAGGGCUCGAGCGCUCGGCCAAACGACCGUAAAACAAAACCCCCAAAAAUUGUGCUGCAGCAAGCGGGAGGUGAGUGAGGCGACAAGAGUCCACAAGAAGCCCAACCGGGCUGGAGAGUUGGCCGGAGAUUCCGGCUGUAGCGAGUCAGACUCGGGGAGGCCAAAGGCCAGUGUUCUUAACCCCACGGGGGUAAUCCUCACCGAAUGGUGGCAGGUGUAAACAAGAGUCCGUUAGGAGGUGACCGUGCAGAAAUCCCAGUGCGCAGCUCGCACAGUCGAGUUGUAGGGCUCCCUUGGUAGAAUCCUCGAGAGGCACCCCAGAGGAGAACUGGAUGACUCACCUUAAACAAUCUCCAUGAGGAAGAGCCUCAGCUCGGCGUCGGACGAGAAGAUUGUCAAAACAAGGACAGGACCAACAGGACUAGGUGAGUACAGCACUGGAGCCUGGACAAGACAAGAAGGUUAACAAUCUGGAACUGACAAGACUUGGAGUGUAAGACAAGAGGCCAGAGAUCGCCACGAAAUAACUCUAAUGGACUGACAAAGAACGACACAAAACACAGGGAAUAAAAGGGGAAGUAAUCAGGAAGGAAAAUGAGACACCAGUUGGGGAGAGGGAAAGUUAAGGGGAAACCAGGUGAAUCGGGAAAUCAAGAAUGAGAUGUCGAUAGGAUAACAAGGGGGCGGGGCCACACACACGCGGAUUCCGAGCACAUGGCAAAUGUCAAGUGCUCCACAAAACAAAAACAGAAGACAAGACAGACAAAACCCAGAGGUGCUAGACCCGAGCCCUGACAUUAACUAUAUAUUUAAAUACAUUUUAUUUGUAUGGAUUAUGAUGUUAUCAGCUCAUUUGUAGUUAUAUUAAAAUAAUAAUAAAAAAUAUAUAAUAUUUUAAGAAAUAAAAUAUUUAUAUAAAAUAUCAGUGGGACUUUGGUGAGUGAGACAACAUGUCUGUCAGGUCACGUUGCCAGUUGUUCACCCCAACCUUAUCCUACAACUUCAUUAUUAAACACUCGUUAGCCACGUUUCAAUCUUUUUUAUAUUAUUAAGAAAAAAUGGUCUGAUAUGUGAUGGGGAAAAAAUUGACAGGAGGCAGAUUCUAACCUGCGACGACAUGAAGUAGGCUUUCCUCUCUAUGCCACUGGAGACGCUAGUUGGUUAACGUCACUCAUUCUUAUAUAUUCUCUAUUCCAAUCAGAAAGUGGUGGGCACAGUAAGUGUAUACAGCCUCUGAAAAUCUGACUUUGGCAACCGUGCUCCUCAAAAUGAUCAAUUUUACUUAAAGAGAAUGCUUAUUUCCAACAUAAAGAUUCACGCACUCAGCUACAUGCAUGUAACAAAAAAUGUAAAUGUAAAGCUGAGCCUGAUGACAAGUUGAAGUUUAGUGCUUAUUAAAAUGUUGUGUGUAAAUGUGAAGCAGAAUGGGAUGCCUCGAUCUCCUUUUAUUCCCUCCAUCCUCAUUGUUACAACCACCUGAUCAGGAGGAUUCACGGUCAUGCGCAGACACUUUGGGGCUCUGUAGUAUUUUUCUCAAAUAAAAAUAAAAUCUUUUGUAAUUCAACAUAACAGCAUGAUUAAUUAUUAUCAUCCAGGCAUCAGGGCUUUUAAUUAUAAUUAACACUUAUUCUCUAAGGACUCCCAAUAUGUUUGAGCUUUGUUGAGAAAAACAACAUGUUUGGAAAUUUGGGUAUGGUCUGAUUUUAUAUUACAGAUGUAUACGUUAUUAUUUGACUUUAUAGCACAGUUUAUAGUUUAUUACACAGACAUCCUUCCUCGCUGGUAUUGUAAACUUUCUUCAAUUUUCAGAUGAUUCAUGCUGAUGAUUGAAUUAUGAUAUUUAUCAUUUACUCUAGUUAUCUGAUUAUGGUUUCUAACUCAUUUUGUCUAGCAAAUCUCAAUGUGAUCUUUUAUAUCGAAUUGUUUCUAAUGCAAAAUUCCUGCAAACCAUGCUGAGAUGCAUUUACAUGUAUGGAACAGGUUCCAUGGAAAUAUUUAAAAAAUAAAAUAAAGUGAUUACUAAC